AUGGCGACGUGGCCAGAGAUAUGAGGUAGUGAUGAUCAAAUCUAAUUAUUUUUAAUACAAAACCAGAGGAAAGGUGGCCAUGCGAGUAUCAGCUGCCUCUCAGAACAUAUUUUUUUCUCGUGCUGGGGUUUUUGGAUGGAACAAUGGCAACACUGGUUGCAGAACAUCAAAUGGAGAUCAAGUGUGUUGUUGGUGACAUGGGUGUUUGUCUUUUGGCUGGUUGUUUGAACUCGUAGCUGCAACUUGGAAUAAUUCAAGAAAAGACAGAAAGCUUUUUACGAAACUGAACUGUUUUGGAUCUUGAACUGUGUACAAGAGAUGGUGACUAACAGUUGCUCCAAAAAUGGAGUCAGCUUCACCCACAAGAGAAGUGUGUGAAAACUGUUUUGAAAACUGGACUGUCUUAAUGCGCUGAACGGAUCUUGAACUGUGUACAAGAGAUGGGUGACUAAUAGCUGACCCAGUAAUGGAGUCAGCUUCACCCACAAAGUCUCUUCCUCGGCCUUGAUCUGGGAUGACAAGACCUGGUCCACCGAAAAACAAAAGAGAAGUGUGUGAAAAUUGUUGUGGAAACUGGACUGUCUUGCUGCGCUGAACGGAUCUCGAAUUGUGCACAAGAGAUACCGGUAGUUUUCUCAUGGCAAGCUAAUCACGUCCUGUUGGAUUGAAGAUGCUAUACCAGUGAGAAGUCGAUCCCCUCUGAAAUACUCUAAACAAAAAAUUUUGGAUAGCUCCAUCUCAUCAUGAAGCUAGAAGCAGUUGGAUCCAAAGGUUUGGCAUACUGUCAAGAGGAAAGACAUUUGGAUGAAGGUAAAGACGAAGUCGAGAGGUGAGAUGGCUUUGGUGAUAGUUUGCUUGCAAGUUCUCAGAUGGAUAUCGGGAGCAAACUGGAGUUUCUUCGACCACCCAAAACUGGAUACCAACCCAGGAACCCGAUCAGCUCGAGACCAGAGACAAAUAUCAAUCUUCGAAAGAAGCUAAACACGAUUGAAAAAUUGGGGGUGAUCCGUCCCCUGCCUCCUUCCCACCCCGUCAAUUUAUACGUCAAUUUAUACAAUCAUAUACAGACAAGAGAAAGACGUAGAAAUGAACUUUAUAAGGGCAGAAGCUGGGCAACUCCGAGAGCGGGUUCGGGCAGAAGGAAAUCCUACUUCGCUUCAAGAUUCCUGUACACUGCUAACGAAACAAGAACCCAACAACUCAGCCGAAUAAUUCUCGGAGGGGAUAUCCACAAAACCCAGGUCCAACGGAAAAGAGAACCCCAAAAUACCCCUGCAAGGAGUGUGGGAAAGGAGUUCGCUCGAAUCAAGAUGCUUUGCUAUGUGCUGAGUGUAAUGCCUGGUCGCAUGCAAAGUGCAUACACCUGAGCAAAGCCGGCUUCAAGUCAGUACUACCUGGACUACCCAGAUAUUGAAUGGACCUGCUCCCUAUGCUCGCUUCCUUUUAGGUUUGAGUAAACUUUGGUUGGAGAAGAAAAUCUAAUUCAACAUGGCGGCGAAGGCGAAUAUGCAAAUGAGGAUAUCGCUGGAUAUGCUAAUGACUUGCCUGAAUCGUGGAUAAUACAAGAAAGGAAACAGAACACUACCGAUCUCAUGAUGAUUCAUCGAAACAUCAAUAGCUGCCAAAACAAACUGGAUGAUCUGAUAUUACUCAAUAAGGAAUUGAAGCCACAUGUAAUUUUUCUGCCAGAGACUAAGAUCGACUCUUCUUACACCAAUGCACAGGUGGCUCUUGAAGGAUAUCAUACCUAUAGGAAGGAUAGAAAAAAGGGUGGUGGUGGCCUGAUGGCAUAUUUCUCAUCUAAGAUGGUAUCUCGUCGUGUAAAGCUUCCUAAGCAGUAUAAAUUACUUGAAGUUCUGGCCAUAAAUGCAAUAAUAAACAACAAUGAUGUGUUGUUUGUUAGUAUUUAUCGAACCCCAAAAGUUACAGGAUAUCAAGGUUUUUAAAGCGACAGAAUAAGCUCUCUCGUAAUAAAUUCGUACGUUUUACGCUUAUAACAGCAAAUCAAGGACUGUUUCGAAUAAAAACUGUUGUCCCGAAAUUCUUCCUGGUCAUUUUCA